UAAUCACUUUCCUUUUACCUUUUUUCGAAUAUAUAAAAACUCCUUUCAUUCUCAUUCGUGUCUCUUUAACUCCGAUCCGAGGAGUUUCCCCUUUCGCUUUCUCUUCAUUCCUUCACUCCGUGUUCCAUUCUCUCAACUUUUCAAUACUCUUAACCAGUGAUGGCAGGUUUGGCUCCAGAAGGAUCACAAUUUGAUGCUAAUCAUUAUGACUCUAAGAUGAAUGAACUGCUUGCCACUGAUGGGCAAGAAUUCUUCACCUCGUAUGAUGAAGUAUAUGAUAGCUUUGAUGCAAUGGGGCUGCAAGAAAAUCUUCUGCGAGGCAUAUAUGCUUACGGUUUUGAGAGGCCUUCUGCGAUCCAGCAAAGGGGAAUUGUUCCUUUCUGCAAAGGUCUGGAUGUGAUUCAACAGGCUCAGUCUGGAACUGGGAAGACAGCAACAUUCUGCUCUGGAAUUUUGCAGCAGCUUGAUUAUGGAUUAGUUCAGUGCCAGGCCUUGGUUUUGGCCCCAACAAGGGAGCUAGCUCAACAAAUUGAGAAAGUUAUGCGUGCUCUUGGUGAUUUUCUUGGUGUUAAGGUCCAUGCUUGUGUUGGUGGGACAAGUGUUCGUGAGGAUCAGCGCAUUCUCCAAGCUGGUGUUCACACUGUCGUUGGAACUCCAGGGCGCGUGUUUGACAUGUUGCGGAGGCAGUCUCUACGCUCAGAGUGCAUAAAGAUGUUUGUUCUGGAUGAAGCUGAUGAAAUGCUUUCACGUGGUUUCAAGGAUCAGAUCUAUGACAUCUUCCAGCAACUGCCAGGCAAAAUUCAGGUUGGAGUAUUUUCUGCUACAAUGCCACCUGAAGCCCUUGAGAUUACUAGGAAGUUCAUGAAUAAGCCAGUGAGAAUCCUCGUAAAGCGUGACGAGCUGACCCUUGAAGGUAUCAAGCAGUUUUAUGUCAAUGUCGAUAAGGAAGAAUGGAAGCUUGAGACAUUGUGCGACCUCUACGAGACUCUCGCCAUCACUCAAAGUGUCAUUUUUGUGAAUACCAGGCGGAAAGUGGACUGGCUUACGGAUAAGAUGCGAAGCAGAGAUCAUACAGUCUCAGCCACUCAUGGUGACAUGGACCAGAACACUAGGGAUAUCAUCAUGCGUGAGUUUCGGUCUGGCUCUUCUCGAGUUCUCAUAACCACCGACCUCUUGGCCCGUGGUAUCGAUGUGCAGCAGGUAUCUUUGGUCAUAAACUAUGAUCUACCAACUCAACCUGAAAACUAUCUCCACCGUAUAGGUCGUAGUGGGCGAUUUGGAAGAAAAGGUGUUUCAAUUAACUUUGUAACAGGAGAAGAUGCUAGAAUGUUGGCUGAUAUUCAGAAAUUCUACAAUGUGACUAUAGAGGAGCUGCCAUCAAAUGUUGCUGAUUUGCUCUGAUGAGUUAAUUUUUGUUCUCUGUUAAAUCAUCUGGGAUUUUUUUUUUCUUCUCUUGGAAAAGUUUUGAUUUUCUUUUUUUUUUAUUUUUAUUAAACUUUUAUAUUUUAACAAUUAGAGAUCAAACUCAUCUGAUCUGAUACUAUUUGUAUUGGAAUUCCAUCAAAUUUGUUUUGAUUAAUUAGUUAAGAGGGUGUUAUUCAGGUUUCAUUUA